UCGCACAGACAACAGACAAAAAACUUUUUAAAUAUUUUCACAAGUCAAAUCAAACAAAUCGUUUCAAACACCUGUAAAAUUUUCUGUUGCCGGCCCCAACUGUUAUAGUCAUAACAUUUUGUAUUGAAACUGUAAAAUUAUGACUUACUCAAAAGUUACUCAUGUUCUUUUUGACUUGGAUGGAUUGCUCGUAGAUUCUGAGACACUGUAUACUGCAGCUUUCAGCAACGUUUGUGCAAAAUAUGAUAAGAAUUUCACAUGGGAACUGAAGAAAUCUAUCCUCGGCUUUCAAGGUCAUGAGUGCGCUGAAAAAAUUGUGAAAUGUCUGUCUCUACCAAUAGAUAAAGAUGAAUUCAUGAAGGAAUGCUACAAGCAAUAUGAGGUCUUGUUUCCUCAAGUGGACCUUAUGCCAGGUGCCAAGAAACUGGUGGAGCAUUUACACAAGAGCGGAGUGCCAAUAGCCCUCGCCACCAGCUCCAGCCAAGAGAGUGUGGAGAUGAAGAUGCAGAACCACAAGGAGUUCCUCGCCCUCUUCCACCACAAGACCAUGGGCUCGUCCGACCCCGACGUGACGAGGGGCAAGCCCGACCCAUCCAUAUUCUUAGUUUGCGCCUCAAGGUUCCCGGACAAACCUAGGCCUGAAGAUUGCCUAGUGUUUGAAGACGCGGUGAACGGCAUGAUAGCGGCCUGUGCUGCCAACAUGCAGGUGGUGGUGGUGCCAGACCCCCGCAUAGAGCCAGAGCUGCUGCAGGGAGCCACCCUCGUCCUGAAGUCCCUCGAGGACUUCCAGCCUGAGCUGUUUGGCCUGCCUCCGUACGAGUGAGAGAUUUGGUGGAGAUUCUGUAGCUAGCACAAAAUGUGGAAAGCAGAUGUUGUUGUUGUUGAAAUGUGUUGUAAAUGUUGUCUGAUUUCGAAUCUAUGUUAGUCAUCAAUUAAUUUUCUUUAGGCAGCUCUUAUUAUAUUAUUUUGUUAAUCUACAUAUUGCCGGAGAUCCGAAUCAAGUCAAAUACACAAGUCCUACUUGGUCCGCAAGUUCCUCUAAUCUCAAUGCUGUUAAGAAAAAUAUAAUAAUAUGUAAAAAACGGAAAAUACCAAUAAUUAUAUCUGUAUAAGUAACUUGCUUCUUUAAACAGUCUGUGCAGGCAUCAGAAAAGAAUAGAUUAUUACUUUGGUAAGUGUAAUGUGUAUGUCAAUUACCUCACAUUAAUACAGGUCAUAUUUAUUUUUAAAGGUUCACUAAUACAAGUGGGAAAAAGCUCUAAGAGAUAGGGAGACAAAAUGAGCCACCUGUAUUGUUAUACCUGUCUAUAAUCUAUACACAUUUGUAUUACUUAUUUUAUUGAGAUGUAAUCUCCCUAUACUUAUACUAGAUCUUAUCAUUAACUUGUGAGAUGUAAUCUCUCUGUGAAUAUUUACAGAAACUGUUGGCUUACCUAUAAAGUUAAUACUGUUGAGCAAAUAUGUUUUUUUUUUAUAUAUUUUGUACAUACCUAUUUAUUAUAUUGACUGUCUAACUUGUCCAGUACAUAAAGUUAUAUAUGGCGAACAAAUCUUUAUACAUAGCAUUAAUUCAGUUGUAUUUAUAAGUGCGUGAAAAUAAGAUACUUAAAUCAAUUUUAUUUAAACUCAAAUUAAACCACUCUAGUCAGAAUACGUGUUAUACUUAAGUAAAUGUUCAUUAAUUAUGUAAACUGUGCAAAUAAAAUACAUAAAAAGUA